ACUCUUUCUCGUUUCCCUCGAAGAGAGAGUGCUGGAGCUGAGCGCAACCGGGCCAAGCGAGCUGCCAUCCAUGCUCAGCCUGCGUGGGGCUGAUGCAGCUGAGUGUUCAGUUGCUAGGGACCGAGUAGGCUUGGGAGCAAACGCGCCAGCUAGUUCCCAUGCAGGGAAUGGGGACCUUCCGGCUGGGGAGAAGGACUGUGAUGUACACAGUGGAAACCAUUCCCAAAGGGAAGAAUCGAGUGCUGGGGGUGAGUGACAGAACGGUGGGGGAGGCACUUUGGGGAGGGCGGUGAGCUGGGAUAUUGGGGGAGGAGGAGGAGGAGGAUGGAGAGGACUGGGGUGGAUUCCCCUGAAAUGGCAGCCGAUCUCCUAACUUAGGGGGCAGUGGUAUUCUAGAUCUCUCCUGUUUCUGAAUUAAGCAUGUGUGAGAGAAAGAGAGAGAAGCAGGACGGGGGGGUGGUGGAGAAACAUCAGAACGGCUAAUCAUUAUGGUCCCUUAAACUAACCUGGGAAUUUAUUAUGCCUCUCAGAUGAAAGGGAAUAGCUUUUUGAGAGCAGCUCGUUCUCAGGACGUGGUUUUGUGUAUGUGUGUGUAUUCAUAUGCUGAAUAUUCCCAAGGAGUAGUAACUAAAUCUGCAGCCAGAAAGGAGAGUGGGGAAAGAUCCUGCUGGUCGCUACCUCUAAAAUGCCCGGUGCCCUGGUGUGUGCUACACGGUUGCAGACUUCAGCAUCAAUUUUAGGCGAGGGGACAGAUGAGCAUUCGUGCCUCAGUACAUGAAGGAAGUGAGCAGCAUCGCUCUAGCAACACAGCACAAAAGGCAGAAAUAGGCAGUGGAACAUGAUCAAAUCCUAGCACCACUAUUUGCGAGAGAAAAUUGCUGUGUCCAUCACUGUUAGCUACAACAACUAAAUGGAGCCUUCAUGUUCAAAGGCAGUAUACCCCGUAAUGCCCGGUGUUGGGGACAGACAAGGGAGGGCCAUUGCUUUUAUGCCCUGCUUCUGCGUUUUCGAGACACAGUGGGCUGACUGCAAUUGCAAACAGAAUACUGGACUAGAUCGACCAUGGGUGGGGAACCUGUGGUUCUACAGAUCUUGCUAGACAACAGCUCCUUUCAUCCCUGACCAUUGGCAGCUGGAGUCCAUCAACAUCGGGGAAGUGGAGGCACAGGUGUCUAUCCUUGCAUCAGUCUGGUGGGGGAAAUUGGACCGUUUACAAACCUGACCUGGGGCCCUGAACACUAAUUCCAGAUAUGGUGUGUGUGUGUGUAGGUGUGAAUACUUUGCACAUGCCCAGAGGCCUUCUCCUCACUAUUAAUCCACAUACUCCUGCCAGAGCUCAGAACUAGCUUUUAAAAUGGGUUCCAUGGCUGAGUCUUGGUGAGUGGUGACUCAAAACAAGCCUUGGCACUGAUCCUAGAGGCAGAGUGAGUUUUUCAGCCUUGCCUUGUUCUGAAUGUUAAGAGCAGAGUCAGAACACUUUUGCAAUGGUUUGCAGAUAAUAAGGAGCAGCAGUACACCCUCCCCCCAGCAGCCUUCUCCCCUCUUUCCUUUCCUGCCUCUUUAUAGACUGAUGGAGGAUAGCAAGACAUAAGGCAACACUUUGGGGAAAGAGAAGGCUCUAGGGCCACAUUACUGAGUGGACCUGCUCAGUACAAUGUCUUUAUACAGCCCAGAUUCCAUGCCACUCUCUUUAUGCACAUGAAAAGGUUUCUUAUUCUGCAGUUGUAAGAAGACAAAAUGCAUGGGGCUGCCUUUAAGACAAUAGCUUAAGCACACGGCCAUAUCCGUUGGAAUCUGCAUAGAAAGUAACUGCUGUGUCUACUACACACUCACGUGUACUGGUCCUGCACAGGUUCAGAAUAAAUGAGAGUCCAGCACAUUUACAAAGGGAAAUCUCAUGUCUGAUUCGAUGCAUUAGUGCUACAGUGAAUUAUGAAAGCAUGGAAACAGACUUUUCCCUACCUUCUAAAAAUAGGUAUGCCGCUGUGCUGGGAUUUCCCAGACCAGCAACACCGACUCCCUUUAUGAACACAGCCCAGCUCCCAACCAGAGCGUGUGGGCUUGUGAGGCAACAGAUAUGCUAGAAGAGUGCUUUGGGUCACCACAAAAAUAGCCUCUUGUCAGAGGAACUGAUGUCAGCACACUGCUGUGCUAGGCUGCACCAUGCUGAAAAGAACCACAUUUACAGUGCAAUCCUACACAUGCCUACUAAGAAGUAAGUCCCACUGCAUUCAAUGUGGCUUAUUCCCAGGAAAGUGAGCAUGCGAUUGCAGCCCUACUCUUCCUGCCCAUCUGUUGGCACAAAUGCAAUUCAUACGGUGUGCCUUGUUCUCUCUUACCGAGCCGCACAAUCUGCACAAUUGCAUGGAAGCACAAAUGCACUGAGAUGAAGAUUAUGUUCAGAUAAAAAUGAGAGGCACACAAUUCCCCCCAGCUGACAGACAGACAGACAGACAGACAGACAGACAUUUAAAAAGUGGCUAGUAAAUAUCAGGUUAUUUGUAAAGCAAAUUCAGAAACCUUGAUCAGGGGUUGUCCCAGUCAAUUCUACUGUGUGUGGAGUAGAUGCAAGUGGUAAUCUCCUGUGGAUGGCAAAUUCUACUUGGUUUUGAGCCAGUGAAACUGAUGCUCUACCAAGUGGGACCUGAUUCACCAGCAGUGAAGAUGUGGCCUGGCCUGUAAUUUCACAGACACCUGCCAUUUUCACCAGAUAAAUCAGUAUAGUUCAACAGUGUCCUUUAACUUUGAAAAAGUGAUUUAGCGACUCUGAAGGUGUCAGACUUGUCACCUAGUGGCGCCUUUGCUUAUGCUCACGGUGUUGUUGUUUCUUACUUGUUACUGUGAGGAUAUCUAGCAGAAGAAAUAUUGUCCCCCCACCCCUAGAAACACUAUUCUCAUGUGCACCUUUCCCAAAGGUAGCCAAAGUGGUUCCCUCCAUAUAUUGUGGGCUACGAUUCCUAUCACCCCUGAUCAUUGGUCACAGCUGGCUAGGGCUGAUGGCAAUUGUAAUCCAUCGACAUCUAGAGGGAACCACUUUGACUAACUCAGCCCCAAUGUGUAAUGUUGUCAAUUAUCUUCUGACGGCUGCUACCUUCUUUACCUCCUUGCACCUGUCUAAGUUUUCCUGGCUCUUUUCCUUCAGCUGCUUGUCAGCCGAUGCCAGGACAGAAGAAUGGUCCUAAAACAGACUAGAUCCCAGAAGGCAGACAGGCACAAGCUUGGUGGUCCUUAAGAAUCCUUUUUGCUUCUUCUGCCUUUAAACAGGCUCCAAAUUGAAGCAUCUUCCACAUAUUAUGAUCUCUGAUCAGUGUCUACCCAGCUGACCAAAAUGCAAGAGGCUUAUGUUACAAUAUUGCUGCAGUUUCUUUGGCUGUAACAUGGUGGCAGUUUAUUCUUACCCAAACGGUAAAUAUUUGUACAACCAACAGCAAUUUGAGUUGAAAACUGGAUUUAACAGAGUCCUUUUGCACAUGCCUCACAAAAUCCAGAGCAGUGGCAGACCAGAUAAACAUGGUCCCCUGUGUACAGGCCAUGGCAAAAGAACACAUUUCAGUUGAUAUUCUCCAAUGCCUCGUUUAGAAUAGCCUUGUGUAAUUUAUGACCCAGCUAAACACAGCCCAUCAGUCAUAAAUUUCAGCCACCUCCCAUUUUUGCUGUGCCAGGCAGGUGGUAAAACCAGGAUGUUUGCAGAUAGAUAGAUAGCUGUGGCCCUAUCAUAAAUGGCUGGUGACCUGAAUCCAGCUUAUUUGAAUACAUUCUGCAUACAUCCUCUGUUAUCUCCCAUAAUCUGGCUGAUUCUGAGUUAACCAAAAGACCAGGAUUCAUUGCCUGCUGGGAGUCCUAGGAACAAUCCAAACAAUCAUCCAGCAGGAUUUGCUGUGGUCACGAACCCCCUCCUCCAAAUCUCACUUUCUCUUACUUGCUCAUGGGUGCACCUGGAUCAGCUCAGCCUGGCUUGGAGUAGAUUUUAGUGGGAUGUCCUCCUCCUCUGCCAACAUCUGAACAAUACGGAAGUGUUAAUUAGAGCAGAUUUUGUAAAUGUCAGCUUCCAUUUAGUUACCAGAUGACAUUAACUAUACUGGUGAACAGUCGGGAAGUCCUUAGGACAUAAAGAUCUCCUGAUACACAAAGUGAAAUGAAAUAGAUGAAAACUGUGAAGCACUUUCUCAGCAGAAAGAUGCCCUAGAACAUAAGGAAUAGUGAUCUUACCAUUAAAAAGAUCAACUCAGAAGAUUCUCUGGCGUCAGUCCUUCGAAGUUGGUGUAAUCAUUAAGGGGUGUGUGUGUGUGAAUGUUAAUUUAGUCCAUCAAGUGCCGAGUAUUAUUCCCCUGAUUGUUCCCACAGACCAUCCAGAUCAUGACUGGCUUCAUACACAUUAGCUUUGGGAUCAUUCUCAGCACCUUGACCAGUGUAUAUACCUCAUACUUUGUGUCUGGAGAGAUCCCCUUCUUGGGAGGAGCAUCCGUGAGUAUCGCACAUGGGACUGGACAAGCCCCCCUGGGAAGAUGGGGAGUGAGGUGGAAGAGCGAGGAAGGAAAGAGUGGAAAGAGAGUUGGCAUGCCCAGUGUGAGAAAGAGAUAGUAACAUCCCGGAAAGGGGCAUCAGCUAUUGAAGGAAAAGUUUGCAGAGCCAUCAGAAAACUCCCGGACUAGAGUGAUUUGCAGCGCAAUCCUAGUCUUGUCUACUCGGAAGUAAAUUCCAUUGAGUUCAGUGGAGCUUACUCCCAGGUAAGUGGGUGUAGGAUUGCAGCCCUAAUGGAGAUUUUAGGCAAUGCUGCGGAGGGAAGCCAUCAGAUACUCUCUUGGUUUAUAAUGACAACAGAGGUGAUGUUUUUUCAUCUUUCAAAAGUGUGUAAUCCAUUUUGAAACUCAUUAAGUGUUUUGCCUAAAAAUGUCCUUUAUGUUCAAAAAAAUAUGUUAUAAAUUUGGACUUCCUUGCCUCCCUCCCUCCCACCCUCUUCAGUUUUGUUUUGAAGUGUUCAGAAUUCUUCCCCCCCCCAUUAUAAUGUAUUGUUAGCGUAGUGCAACUAAAAAUGAAAACGUUUUCAUUUUGAGGAGAUGCCAAUUUACAUUUUAAAAAUCAAAAAUGAAAAUCAAACCAUUUCAGAUGCUCUCUUUCUCAUUCUAGAGAGCAAAGGCGUAAAUGAUUGUAUAUGUAAAGUUUGUGUUGUGCUGAAAUCCUUGGACUAAAUUCCUGGGGAUAAAUUUAGUAUUUUACUUCUGGGAAAUUUCAUGUUAGAGAAAUCUGACACUGUCUAGAAUGUGUGUGGUCCCCCCCCUUCACACAAAAUCUGUGCAAAACUUAAGCAAACAUGUCAAAAACUCCAAAGACACAAUGCCCUUUCUGCUGAAAAGUCUGUUUUACAUCUUGUCACCCAAAGAUGUCUUAUUUGGGUCUCCAUGCAGAAUUACACAGAAAUACAUGAACCCUCAGGUGCAAACUACCCGCUAUAUGAACAUGGGUUUAAUUAAUUCCUGACUAAAAUGAAAUGAAAAGCACUCUUGGAAGGCUUAAAUUUCAAGUUGGAAAAACGGGUGCUAAGCAGUAUGUGUGUGUACAAAAUCACCUGCCCUCACAGGUUUCCAGCAAGGCUACCAUUAGGCAAAGAGAAGAAGCUACUUCAGGCGGUGGAAGGGUUCAAGGUAGUGACUUCUACACCUGCCCUGCUGCCUCCACUACAGGUGAAGAAGUGGCUGAUUUCUGGCAAGAUCUUGCGAGAUUUUAGCAAGAUCUUGAGAGGUCUUGCUGGAACCUACUGUUGCUGCUGCUGCUUCACACUGCCACUGCACAACCUUGGUAAUAGAUGCUUAGGCAGGGGCAGUGGGGCACAGGCAGAGGUGGCAUUCCCCAUUUCUUCUCAAACAGCGAAACAGGAUGCCCUACCCUUGGUUUCCAGACAUCAAAAUGGGAUUUUUCUUCCCUCGGGGAAUAGGGAGAAAGCAGCUUUGGAAGGAGCAAUGUUGCAACAGAAAAUUAGCCAGCAAGGGAAGAGUGAAGCAUAACACCACCUUUGCUACUCCCCUCAAAAUCACAGCCUCCUGAGGCAACUUUUCAUUAAAACAAACAAACAAACAAACACUGAGCAGGGCUUCUUUACACACUGUUGUGUAACGUGUGUAGUUUUCCUGAGUCAUACAGUGGUACCUCAGGUUACAAACGCUUCGGGUUACAGAUGCUUCAGGUUACAGACUCUGCUAACCUGGAAGUAGUACCUCAGGUUAAGAACUUUACCUCAGGAUGAGAACAGAAAUCGCGCGGCAGCAGCAGUGGGAGGCCCCAUUAGCUAAAGUGGUACCUCAGGUUAAGAACAGUUUCAGGUUAAGAACGGACCUCCGGAACAUAUUAAGUUCUUAACCAGAGGUACCACUGUAAUUUGAAAUUAUGAACAUUAAACUACUCAAAAGAAGAUAUGCAGCAGUUCUGUCAAAUGUUAUACAGUAUAAGCUACUGUGGGUGGCAGCCUUAGAGAGAGGGACACCCUGCCCUUGUUCCUUAUGCCCCAGUCCGAAAGAUUGAAAAUUACAAGCACCUUCUGUAAAUAGGUUCAGGGGUUCAGGUCUGAGAGCCACAUUGGUCUUAUUUGGGGUUUGGCCUUAUCUGAGGGUAUUUUUUUUAGGAUAUUGUUACAUGCCACCUCAAUCUCCAAGUGGUGCGAGAUUUCAGGGGUUGGGGCCUGGAACAUAGAAUCAAUCACCAGGUGAUAGGCAGGUAUAAUUUCCACUGCAGCUGUCUAAAUUACAAUUUAACAGCCCUGAUUGUUGUACCAAAGGGUGGCUACAUUAUCUUAGAUAAUGUAGUGCCUGUCCACACUAAGUGACGGCAACAUCAACUCAUAGUCCUCUCUUCCAACAACAUGGAACAUGUAAAAGGGCUUUGGGAAUGUAAGACUGCAGAAUGGUAUAGCCUAUUAAACUUAGUUGUUGCAGUUCAUGCUGAAAAAACAACAGUAAUUUCAGAUUUUCAAUAACUGAAAUAAAGUGAAAACACACAGUCAUAUAAAAUGUUUCCAAGUCUCACGACUAGUUCUUUUUUUUACAUAAAAGAUAAAAUGUGCCUUCAACCCUAAGUUUUUUUAUAUAUAAAAGAAAUCUCUUUCUGUCUAUGGUAGAAUCAAGCAUUUGGUCUAUGGCAGAAUCAAGCAUCAAGCAUCACAUGACAAAAUGUCACCUCCAAAGCUUUGUAAAAGAUUAGCAAGUAUUUCACAUACAUAAACCUUGAAAAACCAAACCAAAGUGAGAUGGUUGUUGUGGUAUGGUUGGAAUUGUGAUUACAUAAAAAAUCCCAGUGAAUGUCUGUACAUUUGCCACCUAUUUUCCAUCUCCUGAGGCAACCAAAAUAACUUCAGUAUUAGAUAGUGAAAUCAUUCUUUUUGAAGGAGUGACCCUAAGACUUAGGAAGCAUAAAAAAGCAAUCUUUGUCUCUGGACAAUGGAAGUAUUUUUUAAAAGUCCAUUGACAGGCUAAAAGUUCAUUAGACCUGUGCAGGCCUUCCAGCUAGCAUUAAGGAGCCCACCCAGAACCAUGGUUUCAUGUCAUAGAAGACCUACAGCAAGAGGUUCUCACCUUUUCUGCUCUCAGGGCUCAUAUUACUGAGCCCCAACAGUCACAAAAUGGUGGCAAAUGGAGGAUCAGGUGGCAAAUGGCAUAAUCAGCUGGCAAUUACUGACAUCAUUUCCUACUAAUAUCUAAUCCAUUUUUGGACAUUCCUAAAUUCUUUGCUCCAGCAUUUUCCUAAUGGCAAGGGUUCCGUACCUAAGCUUUCCUCAAGUACAGACCUUUGCUCUGGAGCUAUUUGUGACAGCCUCUCUGAUCCAUUAAGAAGGCUUUUUCUUUUAUAUUUUUCUCUCCCCAUCCCCACAUACCUCUCAAUGUGUGUGUGUGGUUUUUUUAAAAAAAAUCUCCUGUAAUUUCUUCUCCCAUUCUCCUUUCACACUAGUACCAUAUCCCACAAUUUCCAGUUUCUGUCACCCAUUCUCCCUGGUCCUUUUACAGCCACUUCUCAUUCCCAGAACAGUUUCUCUCUCCUAUGCAUUCCCUUUUUAUUCCCGGUUUAUAUAACAAGGAUUGCCUUGUAUAUCCCUUUUAAAUUUUCUUCAACACCUCCUCUGACCCUUUCACCUUGGUGGAGGGAGACCUUCUCCCCGCACCUCCUUCUCUGACUCCUGGCCACCUUUACUCAGCAUGCAAGCAGUUGCUAAUGCUGGCACUGGGUCCAACUAAAAGGCUAUUGCUAGGAGGGAUGGAGCAGGCAAGUGAGGAGGCUGUUUACGAAUCACUGGCUUAGAGGAGAGAGAGUCCAGUGAGCUAGACAAGAGCUUUCCUGUCUCUCUCCAACAAGACCAGAGCAGCAACUGCAGACUUCGCCCAGCCACAACUAAAUCCAAUGCCACCUAGUGCCAAAACUGCCCAGAUGGCAUCUUACUGGAUUCUCUGUUCACCUAAUCUUGUUGGGUUGAAGGGCGCAGUUCACUGGCUGGGCCGAGCUGCCAUCUUCAGAGUGACAUGGCAGAACAUCAGCAGUUAGAUGGGAAGACCCUUUUGCUUAAAAAACAACAACAAACAAAAACAAAAACGUUUCAUGGGUAUGCAGACUUUGAUGCUGGGAAAGGCAGGGCCAGCCCCAAACUUUUCCCUGUCUGAGACAGAACAUAAGAUGGCGUCUCUACCAUUCUAUGUACUGAUGCUGACUAGAUUGGCAAUUGAACCUUACUUCAAUGCUGUCAAUGCGAUAGCAUCCUUCAGUGCACCUGAGGGCAGCAGGCUAGUUCAGGAGGUAUAUUGACAGGCCUGCGGCAAAUGUAGCUCUGAUCACCUACAGUGAACAAUGGCUGAGGGGCUCAGGGGUUCUACUGCCUCAGGCGAUGACUCCACCCUGCCUGAUAGUAUAGCCGGCCCAUCAGGAAGGUGUUUUCAGUAGUGCUCUGUGAAUAAAUGAAUCCUAGCCAGUACUUGGAAAGUUCAUUUUAAAAAGGAAUUAGUUGCACUGCACCCCUCCCAAAAGGAAUCAAGUACAGUUCAAGUUGAGAUUCCUGCAUUUCAGGGGGUUGGAAUAGAUGACCCUUGAGGUCCCUUGCAACUCCAUGAUGAUAUGAUUCUAUGAUCCCUUCAAUUCAUAUUUUGUUCACGUCAUCCUUGGCACCUCCCCCCAGCCUUCAGAGUUUUACAAGCUGCUCUGCUAAAAUGUAAAACAUACUCAAAAAGUCUAAGAAAGCACGCAAUGUGUAAUGUCAACAACUGCUUUACUUAUUACCCCCAACAACUGUGUUCUUUAAGCUUAAAUAGGAGCAUCACUUUUCAAAUAGGUGAAAAUGGUCAAUGCAUUGGCCACAAACAAACAGAGUUAGGGAUGAUGAACCCCUAUAAGAAUUGAAAUUUCAUCAAAUUAGAAAUUGCCCAGAGUUCCACAGCAAAAGGAACUUAAUUCGUGUUCACCGAGAAAUUAUAACAGCUUCUUUCAGAUGUAAUUCAGAUAUUUUUAAAAAUUCAGUGAAUUAGUUAUACUGAAUUAGUUCAUUCCUUCCAAGCACUGAUUCAAGCCUGCCUUCUGGCCCUGUCUAUUCCCACUUAAACAUCAUAAUAGGUGUUUUAAAAGACAAGAGUUCUCUGUGGCUUUUCAAACCUCCUCUUGCUGCAUGAGAGAAGGAGCUUUGAAGAAGGACAGCACAGGAUUACUUAGUGCCAGUUUUAACCUGCAUGCAGACAGCAAGCACAUACUUUAAUCAGGAUCCACGUUGGGUUACCAUCUGUACAAGCUGAUAUGCAGUAUGGCUUCUCUGUGGUGGUUGUUACGAUGUCACCAUGCCACCGCCCCAGAAAAGUGCCGCCAUGUGGCCCUGCCUCUUUGUGGAUCUUCCUCCUCUUUACCAGCUUGCCACCCUCUAAUGGAAGAGGAAUGACAGCAAGAAUUCUUACUUAACCAUUUGCUUAUUGUGCAGCCUUAAGCAUACUUGUUAAGAAGUCCCAUUGGACUUAAUUCAUGGGGGGGGGGGGGGAAAGGUUUAGGAUCAGGGAUAGCAAAUGCAUUUUGAGAUCUUUGUGGACUCUCCUGCUAUUUCCUCAACAUGCAUAAAUUCUAUGCUUCAAAUCAUUUGACAAAGUUUGGGGAAAUUCAAUCAAUAUUUUGAAUAUUCAGUAUUCAAAUAUAGAGAGAAUUUUGCUCUUCUGAUAUAUUUACUACUUUCAGGGCCUAAUCAGAUGUUAAUAGGGCACAUAGCUGCUGCCAGCUUACAUGACUCGCCCUGCCCUGCCAUAUGCAUGUCACCAGUAAUGUCAAAUAAACAUGUCAGAUCAACAUGUGAAAUGACAUCAUGCUGUCAAGCAUUUAUUUCCCCAUCCUCUGUAGCUGCCAGUUAAGUGGAGUGGGGAAAUAUUAAUCACAGUGACAUCAUCAAGGAGAUGAAGGGGGCAGAUAUUGGUCUGCCACAAUGCAUUCCCUGUAAUGUUUAGUUAAGCUCUUAUUAUCCCAGUCAAAAAGCAACUUCUUUUUAUUUCCAGGGGUGUGGCCACAGCAGCAUUUUAUCUCUCCCCCCCCCCCCAAGUUCAUCUCUGGUUCAUUUUUAUCUUGUAUUGCUUCAGUACAAAUUUCCCAUAUAGGGAUGGAAGGAUCUGUCAAUUUUGGUCCUCUCAGUUUCUCAUUUUUCUAAUUUUGAACUCAUUUGUCUGCUUUUUGCAGUAAUAAUUUUAAAAAUCCUCUUGAAAAUUCAAUAGUGUUUUAGUGCCAAUUUCUCCCAUCAAACACAUUUUUAUAUGCAGUUUUGAAUAAUGUACAUAUUUUUGUUGAACAAUUCCCCCCACUCCGAUAUAAUGCAUUUUUGUAUGUUUUUUUUCAAGAAUACCUCCAUUCUUAUCCCCAAUGUAUGUGUUCUUGGAAGCAUUUUUGGGGUGGAGAACUGCAUUGUAAAAUUCUGAUGUGUGAAUUUUGAAGGAUAGCGUAUGAAUUUGAUACGUUCAGCUUUAAAUGCAUACUGAAUCAAAUUUCUCCCUCCCUCCCUAUACUCCUGUACACAUGUGCCUCCUCCUCCUCCUGGAUUUGUGAGCCUAAGCUGUUGUUCCUUAUUAAUGGCAGACUGCACAAGAUUGCACUCCUGCAAUUUCAAGGAAGAAUUGGGAAGGAACCAGUUUGAGGAGCAGAUGGGUUGCUAAGUUGUCUGGCGGAAGUUGCAUGGAUGCAGUGGACACAAACUUUGCAGUACAGUGGUACCUUGGGUUACAUACACUUCAGGUUACAUAUGCUUCAGGUUACAGACUCCGCUAACCCAGAAAUAGUACCUCGGGUUAAGAACUUUGCUUCAGGAUGAGAACAGAAAUCGCAUGGUGGUGGCGCGGCAGCAGCAGGAGGCCCCAUUAGCUAAAGUGGUGCUUCAGGUUAAGAACAGUUUCAGGUUAAGAAUGGACCUCUGGAACAAAUUAAGUACGUAACCAGAGGUACCACUGUACUAGGAAACUAAAAAUACACCAGCAACUAGGUUCAGGAUAGGGGUGGGCCAAGGGCUAUGGAAAGGGAAGAAAUUGCAUGAGAAUUCUGGCCAGAUGAUAAGUCUUUGCUUCUGUAUUGAAACCCACAUGUUUUCACUUUUUUUUUUUUAAAAAAAAGGAAAAAGUGUGGAGUGCUAAACAAAUGCAGUUCAUGAAAUGUGAUCUGAAAAAUGCCGCUUCUGCAAGUUACUUUCUAUAGCAGAUCAUACAGACAAUAGUGGGUGCACCGUGAUCUUACUUUAGGGCAAGUGCAUGGGGAAAUGGCUGCCUAGCAAUGGGUGAGGUUAGGGUGGGGUGCACUGCCAACGUUCACUCCUACUGUUAACCUGUGACUGUCUUUUCUGAGAAGUUUCAUCAACAUCUCGUUUUUCACCUUGCAGUCUGUUCACACACAUCUUCCAUUCUCCAUCCACUUCAUACAACUUACGUGCCUUGGGUGGUCUCAUUCUAUAGCUCAAUUUUCCUUUGCUGUUUAUUGGUGUCCUUCUGUGUUGUCUUUUACCUUUUUGUGUGUGAGGCUUAGUGAUCCUUGCUUUAGAUUUGUGAUGGGAUGCGAAUGGGAAACCUAAGGUGCGCAGAAGGCACACUUAUAUUGUAAAAGCCUUGAUUCUGCUUUCUAACAGAGCCAUCUCCAAAUCUGAAGGGGCCCUUGGCAGAGGGCUUUCUGGUGCCCCUCCUCCUCUUACAGGGUGCCCCUGGCUUCAGGCUUACCUGCUGGUGGCAAUGGGCAGCUUCAAGCCCCCAUGAUAAAUUGCCUGCCAUGCCCCCGAUAUCAUGUUACUCUGGGGCAUUGUGGAGAAUUAAAAUGCUAGGCUUCUGCAUUGCCAGCCUAUGCAUUGGCACCCUAGGAGUAGUCUGAAAGUGCUGGCAUAGCCUGAUUAAAAUUGGCCAUGGUUGAGCAAUGGAGAGAUUCAAAGAUUAUUUAAGCCUCAUGUAUGAAAUCACCCUUAAGUUGUUUCUGCAAAACCACUUCCCCAAGAUGCAUUUGUUCCUCACUCCUGCCCUGAUUAGGGCUCCGACAAACAUUCACCUUGAAAUUAACACAGCCAGACAAAGGACUGCUAAGGAUACUUGUCUCACUGAGUAAUCAGAUUGUUUUGAUACUUUCUGCCCUCACAGUCCUCAGCCGCUGCCACUUUGUCUGAGGUGAUCAAUGGGUUCUCUUGUUUUCAAGCUUCCUUGACAUCAUUGCAUAAGAGUUGCACAUCUUCUUUGUGUAACCAUUGACAAAAUAAAAUGGUUUACCAUUGGAAUAAGCGGCAGUGUGGGGAAAAGAGGCUAAAGAAGACUGUGAGGGCAACAGAUGAAAAGGGAAAUGGCUCAGAGAAGUUCAGCAUUGAGACAAUAGCCCUCUUCGAAUAUUCCGUAUGUGAGUUAGCUAAACUCACGAUGGUGUGCAUAGGGCACUAAUUCCACACCGCUGAUGCUGUUCGCAUCACCUUCCAUGAGUUGUAAGCUGAAUCUACAAAGUGAGGGGCCUCCUGUACUCAUGGAGUCUUCCUGUGUGUGAAACAGAAUCAUAACAGAUCCAAAAAGCAGGCUCUUCAGUUCAUACGUUUACCACCACCACCAUCCGACUUGCAGAAGGCUAGGCAACAGGGGUGGGCUAAUAUGCUUGUACCCACAGCUCCCCCUUUUUGUGGUCACUUAACUCAAAUAUAAACCACUUGAAGAAGGCUAAAGUCAAUGUCAGAUAUGUUCACAUGUGUUGAAAACUGCAAAAAUAGGAGGCUUCUUUUUUCUCUUUCUCUUUCUUUUACUUUAUUUUGUUUUAUUUUUGACACUCACAAAACCAAACGUUUCAUCUCAGCUCUAAAAUCAAUGGCAUCAAAUGCACUACACUCUUUCUGUGGCUCCGAAGCAGAGAAUCCAUAGCAUGGCUCCACAUCACCCCAGUCACUUGAGCUAUCAUCAUUCUGGGGGUGGCUUUGCCUAGGCUCAGAGGUGUCAGGCCUCAUUCAUCUUGCACCUCCAACUUCCUUUUGGAGGUAUGAGGUGCCUGCCAAGAGAAAGUACAGAAAUAGUCUUAGUUUUGAGGCCCAGAAUGGAACAUUGAAGUAGAUGAUGGGGAUGUUAAGUGAGUUGUAAGAAGAUCAGCUGUCCCAGACAGUAGAGAUCUUUUACAUGUGGGAAAUCUGACCUGGCCAGAUGAUGGGGCAACCUUGCUACAUGUGGUUAAGAGGCUAUAAUAGGCUUUCUCCCUUGAACAAACCAUCCUUAAAAAUAAAUAAAAAGCCAGCAAGGAUGGUACCAAUCUUCCCCCUCAUUUCUAUCACAGCCUUCUAAGGUGGGUCCAGUGAUUGUGGGAAGGGUAACUGCCUUUAACAUGACUAUCAAUUACACACUUGUUUCCUUCCUCCCAAACAGUUCAUUGUCUCCGGAUGCCUCUCAAUUGGUGCUGAGAAGAGCCCUACAGAGUGUGCAGUGAGUUGAAGUCAGCCGUUCUUUUAACUGUAGUCUAACUCUGCUCACCUCAGAUGAACAGCUAAAGUUUGGCAGGUUUCUGGGAUCAACUGAGCAACAGUGUGUCGUGGUGUAGCGGUUAAGAGCAUUGGACUAGAACUGAGGAGACUCUGGUUCAAAUCCUUACUCAGCCAUGAAGCUCAGGAGGAGAAUUCACUAUUUCUCAGCCUCACUUACUUCAUAGGGUUGCUGUGAGGACAGGUUGUGGGAGGGGCAGGGGAGAGAACCAUAUGUGCUACUUGAGCUUCCUGGAGGAAAGAUGGAAUAUAAAUGCAAUGAAAAAAUAGUGGAGACUUUGUAACAAUAAUCUGAAGUGAAAGUAGAUUCUGAGGUUAAAGAAAGUCCCAUUCAAAGCCUGAUUUCAGCCCUGAUCAGAUUGCAUCAGGGAAGUGGAACUUGUUGCCCUCCAGAUACUGUUGAACUACAACUCCCAUCGUGCCUGGCUAUUAGCAAGGUUGGCUGGUGCUGAUGGGAUAUAGAGUCCAAAAGCAUAUUGGGGGCCAUAGGUUUGCUACACCCGGUUUUCAUGAAAUAUAUGUGGUCCUAUUGCAGGGGAAUUCUCCGCUUUAUAUAUAGGGUUUUUGCGCAGUAUUGAAAGGCUCAGUACAAUACAGAGGGACAUUUACCCAGGUUUGAGGGUAGAUGAUGCAGCUGCCUUGCUGAAGCUUGGUUUUAUAAUGGGGAGUAGGGCUAGCAAGAGCUAUGCAAUAUGUGCAAAGGAUACUGGGGUAGAUAUUUAUGAAAUGGCGGGACAGGGCAGGACAGGGGCUAUUUCUUGUGGCAUUAUUGCACUCCUUUUUGAGUUGCCAUAUAUUCCAUAUGGACUAGCCACAAAUUGGACAGAGUGAGAGGCUUGUACCACUUGGAGGAGGAGGGUGUGGAGGAUAAUCUGCCCUCCUGUGGCCCAGUAUUUAGUCAUCUUCCUUACAGCUUCUCCAUAUUAUGUUUCCUAUAAGAGCAAGAAGCACUGUUCUGCUUCCUGGCAUGUCCUUCCAAGGCCCUUUCAGUCUAUCCCUGUGAAUUAUUGUAAAUACAAAGCUUUAGGUAAGGAGUGGGAAAUUGGGAAUGGCCCUCCAGCUGCUGUUGGACUACAACUCCCAUUAUCCAUCACCACUGGCCAUGUUGGCUGGGUCUGAUGGGAACUGGAGUCCAGUAACAACUGGAGGGCUGCUGGUUCCCUUAUAUCUACUAGAUUAGGGCUGCUGUCCUAUAUCCACUUAUAUAAGAGUAAGUCCCACUCUUUACCUCCAAGUAAAUAUGCAUAGGAUUGCACUUUAAAUUCAAUGCCACAGGACUCACCCUCACUGAAUUCAGCUGAGCUUAUAUCUGAGUAAGCAUGCAGAGGAUGAUGGGGCUGCAUCUGAAGUUGUUCUUAGUCUUAUGGGAAGAACUUUGAAGAAUGCCUUUGUAGUGAGGUUUUGAAUCUCCGGGAACCCAGAUGAAGCUGCUGUGGAGAGGGUGAGAGUUUCAAGCAGAGGAAAGUUGAUAUAUUCUUCUUGGGUGAUCCAGAGCUGGAGGCAGACAAUAGCACACAACAGAGGCCUUGCUGCUGACGGCGUUCAUAUACCCCUAUUGUCUCUCUUCAGGGAUGCACAGAGGGUGAGGAGUGUUUCAGAAAACCUAUUUGAGCAGAGAUAACAGCGAGACAAAAAAGAGUGUACAUCACAGGCAGUGAUGUCUCUAUCAUGCUGCCUUCAGCUCCCUCCAAAGCUGCCAUUUGUGUCUUUCAGCCUAAGCAGCUUCCAUGGCUGCCAGAUCCACUCUCUGGGUGCUUCACAUCAUGAGUCUCACUUGACAUCAUGAGACUCACUUGACAUUGGAAUUGAGAGACUGGAGUUCCUAAGCAAAGACUAUAGAAGAGGAUGGCAGCUCCUGCACUUUGCUACCACUUUAAAUAGCAGAAUCCCUCCUCGCAAAUAGCCUGCAUUCAGUGUUUUAUGUUUUUCAGGUAAAAGGCUCCCAGGCCAUGAAUAUCAUCAGUGCCAUCUUUGCAUUACUUGGAAUAUUGACUUUUAUAGUAGACUUGAGCAAAAAUGGGCCAUUUCAUUACGAUGAUAAUCAUCACUAUUCUCUGGUUAUGGUAAGUUUCCCUACCUCAGCAACAACAUAACUUUUUGAGAUUAACGAGGGGAGGGGCGUCAGAGGGGUUAGUACAUGCAUAUUUUAAUAUAAAUGGACUGGCAUUUACAAUGUGCUUAAGGUGCCUCCAAAUGCUGUCAAGCAUACAGAGUCAGCAUGCCAGCUGCAUGGGGACUGUCAGGAUCCCAAAUGGUAGGUGAGGGUCAAGAUGUGGGUAGCACAGUCUCAAAGAGCAGCCAUUGCACAGCCCACACAUCCAUACUCUCAGGAACCACAUUAUUGUCGUGAUGCUUGCCCCACUUCUGUGUUGGCAUUACAAUGUGAAAUUCACUAUGGGAAAACUGCCCACAUGUUCCCUCACCCAGCUCUCUCUAACAUAAAUCUCAUUCCGCCGCUUUCCCCCUGCUAGCCUUUACCGCUGUUAGGUAGUGCAUCAGCACAAUGAACUAUGGUAAAUGCUAGCAACCAGGAUUUCAUCUGAGCUGGCCCUGCCAUUAGUCAAAGUGAGGCAGCUGCCUCAGGCAGCAGAUACUGAUGGGUUUGGAAUGGUGGUGAGCUGUUUGAGAUGUUUGUGCAACACAGCCUUCUCUUCACCCCUUGAAUUUGCUUGCUAGUCACAGGUGUGAUGAAAGGCAUUGUCCCAUUGCCAGUGUUGAAGUAAGAUUCGACUGCCAGGUGAGUGGGCUUGAGGGAUGUGGGAGGGCACCAUCUUGUCCUUCACCUCAGGCAGCAAAAUGUCUUGGUCUGGCCCUGAUCUUAAGUAGCAUUUGCUAACCAGCUUCAGAUCUUGAUUCCAGGUCCUGCUUAAGAGGGAACCUAAGGUGACUGACAUUGUGGUGCUAUUUAUUAGCCAUGAAUCUUGAAAGUCUCCAGCUGAGAGCUGAGACUGGAGCCAGACUGUGCAGGGAACAUCUCUCUCUCUCUCUCUCUCUCUCUCUCUCUCUCCCUCCCUCUCUCUCCCCAUCCUCCUUCCAUCUCACAUUCUCUCUCUGUCUCUCUCUGUCUGUCUCACUUACACACACACAGAGCCAAAAAGCUUUAAAGAGCCGGCAUGAAAGUACAGCGGUGGGUGUUUUCUCAAGCUAAAUCAUUCAGACCAAGGACACAGGCAACCUGAUAAUAAUCCUAUGCAUGUUUACCCAGAAGUAAGUCCUACUGUGUUCAGUAAGGGUUACUCCUAGGCAAGUAUGCAGAGGAUUACAGCCAGAGUCUCAUUUCCUAUUAGCUAGACACCCAUGCCACAGCCAGAUCAAAGCUGAUUUAUACCCUAACUUGAAUUCCUUCCUUUACAUUUUAUUACCUGCAAAAAAACAAGCCUUCACUGACAUUUGGUUGACAGCUUCAAAUAACUUCUUCCUGCAUUCACACAGAAUAGAGAGGGGGGAAAGGUACAAAUCUAGGCAGGUUCAUGGGAGAAGAUAAAUGGAUAAAGUUCAGUUUGGUGAUCAGCUUUGUAACAUUGUGUUUGUUUCCUUUUUGGAGAAGACAGGCAACAGGAUUGCCAUUGUAUUGCUGACCUUCACCAUUGUGGAAUUUUGCAUCGCAUCUGCCACUGCAUAUUUUUGGUGCCGGGCAACCCGUUCUGAUUCCAAUGAGGUAAGUGCAUAAUUCUCACCGGAACUGCAAUUGCAUCUGUGUUUGGGGACCAGAGUGUCAAGUGUCUUAGUUGCACUUCAAUCAGCUGCAUAGGUAAAUGCAUGCACAAGACGGUAGGGUGAGGAAGAUGACCCAAUUAGGUUGGGCAGAUAGUGGGGGAAUUGGUUCACGUUUUAAUGCAAAGCUCCUUAAUUUGCACUUUCUGAAAUAAUAUCCUUCAAAAUCCACAUCUCCAAAUUUUGUGAUGCAGUUCUCAAACCAAGUAAUGAGCACUAAAACUGCAUGCAUUAGGGGAAAGCAUGCUUACAAAUGCAUAUGUUCAUGAAAAUAAAAUUCAGAAAUGCAUUAUAUUACAGGGAAGUGUGCAUAAAGUGCAUUUAUUAGUGAAAAUCAACUCCAAAAAUGUGUUAUAUUAUGAAAUGCAUAUAUUAGGAAAACGUUGCACUAAAAUUAUGAGAAAUUUUAAUGAUUUCUUUUUAAAAAACAAAACAAAAACAAAAAGUGUCUACAAACUGAUGCAGAAAUGUGGAAAACUGAAUUUAAGAAUCAGAAAAAAUGAGAAACUGAUGAAAAUUGAAAUUAAUAGAUUCAUCUGUCCCUGGGGUACAUAUUUUAGCUGAUAGGAAUAUAGCUUUGGUUGGAUAGGGAUAAGAAAUGUGAUAAUACCAGCUAAUGAAAUCAAGUUUAAAUUUCUUCUGUUUUCUAGGCCAUAUUGAUUGAACCGAACACCAUCAGGACAGAUACUGAGGCCGCAUCUGUAGAAUCAUCAGUAACCCAUCCGCCAAAUUCCAAUGAUGUAAGUUACGAUUUAAAAGUAGAGACUGUGUAGAAGACUCAAGAGGAGGAAUCUGUAUGGAGAAAUCACACCAGCUGCACCUAUUUUGAGGUGUCAACGCUGGCCCUUUCCUGCAUGACAGAGUUCCGUCAAUUAUUGCCAGUAUUCCAGCUGCCAGGCCAGUGAGGCCAAAGGGACCAUCUCUCUUCUUUCUCCAGUACAGUCUCAGCUUUAGACUGUGGCUAAGAAGCAUGUGGCUUGAUAUGCUCUGCCUUGGACUAGGAGGUAACAUUUGGACUCCUCUUUUUUGCAUAGGCCGUUUAUGGAGCUCACCAUGAGUUUGGCACAUGGAUUAUUAACAUGUUAAAGUGUGUUUGAAGACCGUGUAGUAUUGGGGAUGGUCACAGGACAGCUGGAGACCCAGAGAAGAACGCGGAAGGGAAGCAUGUAGGAGCACGGGCAAGUCAUUAGUGAGUUUUUUCUGCCUCUGGCUGGCUCCAUUGGUGACCCUGGUGCAAAAUGUAAGAGAAAACAGUAUGUGGUGUUGAUUUGGAGGGCUCACUGCUCAGGGCUGCAGCUGGUUCUUAAAGACUCUCUACCUAAGUUGAGCCUCCUGAGAAGUAGCCAGCAUAUGGGACUGCCUUGGCCCCAAUCUCUACAUUGGUCCCCCUCUGCACCUCCAAAGCAUGGGUGCAUUGUAGAAAGCAGCUCAUGGGAAUCAAUUUGGAAAGCUGCUUGGUCAUAGGAAGUUUCAUCAACAAUGCUGAGUUUUAUUGAGUGCUGCAUACUACUGCAUUUAUUUCGGUUAAGUGUACAUACAUAUCCAUUAAGAUUAUCCAUAGAACAACUCCUGGGAAAUUUUCUCCUAGUUUGUUCCCUAAGGGGAUACUUCACACUCUCUUUGUAUAGCUUGCAGGUAUGAUGAGCUUAAAGCAGACACGGUAUACAUUCCGGAUUAUUGGCUCCUCCCCUAGCAUUAGUCAUUCUGGAGCUGGAAACUGCCAUCUGAUACCUGGAGGUAAGAUAUGAUGUCUGUUGUUAGCGGACAUCAGAAAACUUUUGGCAACAUUCCGCACAGAUCGAUUUCCAAGGUAGACCUCUAGCAUCUCCUCACACUCUUCAAGGUCAGCCAUGGCACUUGAGGCAGGCCCAGGAACAAGAGGCGCAAGUGGGACUAAUCUCUGCUCCUACAUUGGUAACUUGGAGGGGGGUGAGCCCUGUUGGUUUAAAAGAAAUUAACUUUUUGACCCAAGAGGAUCUGCAGCAAGUAGGGAGGCAUUUAGGUGGCAGCCCUGAACCUUGUUAGAUGUGCUUAGAGUCCCACUGAACUGACUGCAGCUUCAGUAUGCCUAAUGGAAUGAAGGACUGCAACACAGUCGAACAUGAAAUCCUCCUGCUUGGGCGCUAUUGAAAUGAAUGGGAGCUGCACAAGAAGAUGUGCAGUGCUCUUGAGCGGCAUCCAUUCAUUUCAAGAAGGCUUGAGAAAGAGAGAUUCCCUGUCAACCGUGCUCUUGGUUUCCAAGAGUGGUGGGCUGGGAGAUUGCUGGUUUUGUUCAGGGUGGGGCGGGUUAUUGACUGCAUACUGUGUAAGUAGCAAGUAGUGUUUUUUGAUAUUUUGUAUUGUUGUUAUAAGGAACUGGGAAUGGCUAGGUCGGAAUCCAUUCCGCUGGCUUCUGAGCAUCUUGGUUAAUGUUUCUUCAGAGCAUGUUUUCAUGGGGAAUUUCUACUGACUAUUUAAUGCCUGUCUGUGAAACAGGGAUACCUAAUAUUGAGUGGCCUCACCGAGGUCUGAAUCUUGUAGCUGUUUAUAUGGUCCUAGACAAUUUUAGGUUUUAGAGUCUGCAGCUGAUUCACUCUUUCUAGGUCUGAUCUUGCUUUUCAUGGGUAUGAUUUUUUAAAAUGAAAAUAAAUUAUGUACCUGAAACAACA